AUGUGCGGGGCGCGCCGGCUUGCGGCGAUGCCUGCUGCCGCGCUGGUGGAGGCGUUCAGAGCGACGUGCGAGGGGCACGUGGCAGACGUUGCGUGCACGCCGCAGGGCAAGGUGCUGCUGCAGGCAGCGCUGCGGACGCAGCGGCCGGAGGUGCUGGGCGCUGUGGUGGAGGAGCUGUGCCCGCGGCUGCGCGACGUGGCGGUGGACGCGCAUGGGUGCCACGUGCUGCGGACGCUGGUGGAGGCGUGCACUGCGGAGCAGACGGAGGCGCUGAUCGGCGCGAUGUACGCGUCGGUUGUGCUGAACAUGUGCACCGCGUCGCAGUACACGCGGCGCCCGCUGCAGGCGCUCUUCGAGCGGCGCGAGGUGGACCUGUCUGCGGUUGUAUGCGUGCUUGCGGAGAACGCGGGGUACCUUGCGGCGACGCAGCAGGGGUGCAUCUCGCUGAUGCGCGUGUUCGAGCUGUGCGAUGCGGCGCAGAAGGCGGAGCUGGUGCGCGAGCUGCUGCCGAAGCUGGCUGCGCUGUCGAUGGAUCCGUUUGCGAACUACAUGGUGCAGUGCGCCAUCGAGCACAGCGAUCGCACGACUGCUGCGCAGUACGUUGUGGCGCACUUCGCCGGCAACAUGCUGCAGAUGAGUUGCAACAAGCACGCCAGCAACGUGCUGGAGGUCGUCCUGCGGUGCUGCGGCGAGGUCCCGGCGGUGCGGCGCCUUUUCCUGGACGAGCUGGUGUUUAACCCGGCCGCCCUGAAGGAGGUGGUGAGUGACCUGUACGGGAACUUUGUGGUGCAGGCGCUGAUCGGCGUUGUGACGAACCCGAUGGAGUUCAAGCGGGUGGAGGACCGCCUGCGCCCUGCACUGGUGGGGUGCCAGUUCGCAGCGAAGAUCGAGGGGAAGAUGAAGGCAAAGCGUCCUGUCCCGCCCCACACGGGCGGUGCGCCGCACCAUCAUCCCCACUCGCAGUUGCACCCGCAACAGCAGCUCCCGAUGCCGUACACCAUGCUUGACCAUGUUGAGCCCCAUGCACCUAGGUUCAGGGGUACUAUGCCGCGCUCACAGGGCCCAGUGAUGCCUGCCAGGGAGCCGCGCGUUCCGUCUCAGGGUUACUGUCACUGCCCUUAUGACCGCAAUCCGCUUUCCUGCGUACCACGCUCGGCUGGACAGCCGCAGCAGCAGCAGCAGCAGCAGUACGCGGAACAGGCGCCAUCCGGGCAGACCCACCCAGCCGAUUACUUUCGGUUUCCUAUUCUUGAAGAGCGCGCCGCUGCUCACGUAGCCGGCGCCGUCCCCGUAGCCGGCGGGACGGACUGCGGGCCCGUGUAUGGUCCGUCGCCAGCGGCACGCCGCCGCCUUCAGCAGCAGCAACAACAAGCUUUUUGCCCGCCAUUCAAUAUCGCCUGCUGA